GGUUAAUUUAAAAAAAAAACUAUUGUGCACUUUUUUAAAAAUCAUAAAUUUUUAAAUCUUUCAAUAAAGCUGAUUUACAAAGGGUGAUAAAUAUAAAAUACAUACUGUUCAUGAUUAUCCAUGGGUGCAGCUGGAAAAAUAACUUCAUCAUUUCUAUCUUGUAGACGAUCCAAAUUUAACUGCUCGUUUCUUUCUCUGUAAAAUAAAUUGUAUAUCAAGACAAAGACAUUUAUCAGCUUACAAUAGUUAUAAAAGAGUGUAAUUUAAUUAAUAUUUGACAAGUUAAGCUUAGAAUGAAUAAAAUAUAUAAAACUUACUCUGCUUCGUUUGGAUUCACUUGUUCAAUAUUUCGAUUCAAUUCAUUAUCAUUAACAUAAUCGCGUAAGUUGUUCAGUCUAUUUCGGAGCUGUCUUACACCAACAUUAUCAAUCGAUUUAUAAGUCAUGACUAUAUUUCAAAAUUAAAUUGAUUUUAAAAAAGAAAUAUGUCGUCACACUAUUUAUAGCAAUAAAAUAAUUGAUUUAUUUAUUUAUCUUAGAAUAAAUAUUUAAUCACUUAUAGACGUAAACACUCCAAGCAUCCUCGUAUUAAUUUUCAACUCAUUAAGCCCAAUUUCUAUAGCAGUAAACAGCUGGAUUAACAAAAAAAUUCUUAUUAGUAAUAUAAACGCGGGAAAAUUGAAAAUCAAGAUGGAGUUGAUCGCCAACCAAUCAUAUUUUUUAAUAUAUUUUAUUGUGAACAAUCAAAAGUAGCCUUAGCACCCUUUGGGUAAUGCAGUACUACUACAAGAGGAUAUCGAUAGUACCGACUCCUGACGACCGCCAUUUUAAUAGAACUUUGUUUACUUUACUGCUAUCUUCAAACAGUCCGUCUUAUAAAGAAGAUUUAGAUAACGAAACAGUAACAACAGAAGGGAAGAUCCAUGAUCGAUCACAAAAAAUUUUUACUGCUGAGGUGAUAACCAAUCGCAAAAAUUUAAGCAAAGAAAAAAAGUUACACAAUAACAUGAAAGAAUCUAAUAAAAGAAAAGUAGACAUAAAAAUAAGAAGUAAUCAGCCCAUUUUUGGUAAUCCAAUGAUUACUGGUUAUCCGAAUCCUGCAACAUCAACAUCUUUAGUUCCUAGUCAACCUCCGUUUUUAUAUAAUUCUCAAUCAAGUAAAAUUUUCAUGCACAAUAACUUAUCACCACAUACUAAUCAAGUCAAUACUAUGCAAUUUACUCCAGUGUUAGCGAGUUCAUUGACUUCAAGUGAUGAUAAUUCUGGACUUCAGAAAAGUUCAUCACCUACAAGUCAAAGGAAGCUAUUAGAAAAUGGCAAUACUACAGAUUCUGAUGUAAAUCGUGAUUGUUUUAAAUCUCCAUCAAAUAAACUUCAUAGUAUGGACACAGAAAAUAAAGAAAAUUUCGGGAGUGAAACAGAUUUCAGUGACGGAGACGACAGUACUGACUACAAAAGUUCUUCUGGUGAUAACUCUUCUGGCGAUGAUGGUGAAAUUUUGUCUAGGAUGGAGUUAGGGAUUGGUAAAAAUGAAAAUAAUUAA